CUGGAGAAGCCCCCGUAGCUCCGCUGCUACUCCUCCCACAGCGGGCCAAUGAUGAAGCAGCAGGAAGGCGGCGCAUGCGGCCGUGCUGGGCGCUGUGGACACGGGCUAUGAGCUAUGAGCAGAGCGGUGACUGAGUGCUGGUUUUACGGUGUUUUAAUGCGGGCGUUUUGGGUCAGAUCUGGCUCUUUAAGCGGCUGAAUGGUGUAGAUAGUGCUGUGGGCAGAAUGGGCUUGUUUCUGUACGUAGCUGGACCUGUCAGCCCCACAGAGGCGAGCGUGGUGGACGAGGUGCAGCGUUGUGAGGGAGUGAAUAACCAAAGCUACGUGUGCGAGUCGGGUCACUGCUGUGGAGAGGCCCAGUGCUGCAGUUACUACUAUGAACUGUGGUGGUUCUGGCUAGUAUGGGCCAUCAUCUUCAUCUUAAGCUGCUGCUGUGUGUGUCACCACCGUCGCACCAAGCACAGACUGCAGCAGCAGCAGCGGCAACAUGAGAUCAACCUCAUCGCCUACAGAGAGGCUCACAAUCUUACCUCCCCUCCAUUCUACUUCAGAUUUCUACCAAACUACCUUCUCCCAGAGUAUGAAGAGGUGAUGAAUCGCCCUGCUACCCCACCUCCCCCUUAUACUGCCUUAAAUGGUGGACCCACAGCCUGCACCAACACCGACCAGCAGGAGGAGAACUGCCCGUCCAGACAGGCCACUCCAGCACCUCCCUUAUCAGAAACACUGUGCUCUAGAACCAACAUUGAAGAGUUCGACAGUUCCACAGUGGGACCGUACCACCUUAAAGAUGACAGUAAGGUCCAGACCUUGGAGGACACAACCUGCGUAGAGAAGCAGGACGUAGGCAGGAAAGUUCAGCUGAGGGAGGCUGAGGAAACGGAGCAGAGUGCUGCUGGGAGGCACCGUCGCUUCACUGGGGACUCAGGAAUUGAGGUGUGUGUAUGUGGGAAGGGCCUGGAGAACCAGGAGCUGAAGGAACUGGAAGGCCUGUUGACUGAGGAAGGCCAAGACAGUGUGGUGGAAGUCUGUGAGGGUUGUGGCCUCCGUUCAUACGAGGACGAGGAGCAGGGGGCAGAGCAUGGUGCCUCGCCUCUCUCACAGCCACACCCAGUUUGUCUGUAUUUGCAUACCAUUAAUGAACAGGAUGGGGCUCUUCAAGGGGAUACAGAGUUUCAAAGCUGAGGAUGAGGGUACCAAACAAGGAAAUCAUGAAGAACAAAAAUUUUCCUUAUAACUAAAUAUGUCCUGGAGGGAUGGACCUAUGGGAAAGAUUACUUGCUUGAGAGAAGGACUUGCCAGGAGGUGGGAUAUGCUUGAGCAAAGAGAUCAAGAGAUGGGAAUUGUGUAAAAAAACUAGCAAGAGGUGUUUUUUGCUUGAAAUAAGUACUUGCUUGCUUGGCAGAUCCUUGAUUAAUGAACCUGCAAAAUUUGGGACUAGCUUGAUCUAAAGGCUUACAAGAGAGAUUGAGAGAAAAACUUGGCAAGAAAACUUUCUUAAGAUGGGACUUGCUUGAUGGAAAGAACUUGCCUAGGGAUGGCACUUGAUUUGAAGAGCUUGCAAGAUAUGGGACCUCCUUGUGGGAAGAAUAUGCAAGAAAUGGGACUUUGCUUGAAAGGAGAUCUUGCAAGAGAUGGGACUUGCUUGACAGACAAACUUACAGGAUAUUUUCUCCAGAAAGUCCAACUUCUUGUCUUGCAAGAGAUGGCACUUGCUUCUCUUAAGAAGAACUUGAGAAAAUAUGGCUUUUCUGGAGAGAAGAAGUUCUUAAGAGGAGUGAUUUGCUUGAGAGAAGGACUUGCAAGAGAUGGGACUUGCUUGUAAGAAGAACUUGCAAGAAGUUGGCGUUUUUGGAGAGAAGAACUUCUCAAGAGGAGCGAUUUGACGUGCAAAAGAUAGGAUUUGCUUGAUUAAAGACCUUGCAAGAAUUCAGACUGGCUUGAGGAAAGAACCUGCAAGAGAUUGGACUUGCAUCAAGGACUUGCAAGAGACAGGACUUAAUUAAGGAAAAAAAAAAACUUGCAAGAGAGCAGCCACUGGGUUGUGUCUAUGAACUCUCCUUAUUUAAACAGUAUCUGAUUUUAAGCAUACUGACAAUCAGACUUGUGGCCUUUCUAGGGAAAGUCUUAUGAUGUCUUGAAGAAAUGGUUGAAACCAAUUCAGCAAUUUCUUCAGCAGUCUUAAAACAUCAAAGGUAUAACCUGCGGUGUGCAGGUGCACAUAUUUACCUUGCUUUCUCUCUGAGAUUAUUUGUUGCCCAGUACUGAUGAUGGGCAAUGCCAAAUCAUACCAAAUAUUUAAAAGGAUUUAGUGACUUAGGCCUUAGCUAAAGUUAUGACUCAGGUGAGUCAGACACUGCCGUUAAUAUCAAGUUUCUAUUAGUACGACUCUUGUGUUUUAAGGUGCCUUACUAAAAUAAUGUUAUAUAUUGUAAGUGUAAGAUAUAAUGCAGAUGUUUUAAGUACAGGAAAGCCACCAUUACUUUACAAAAAUAGCACAUUUUAAAUUAGCACAGGCAAAUCCAUGUGCUAUAUAUGACUUAUGCUACUUUCACAUUACCAGACUGAAGUGACUCAAAUCUGAUAUUUUUGCCUUACUGUGAUUCAUUUGUCAUAAAUGUUAAUGAUUAGUCAGAUUUUUUGCAAUCAUUUGGUCUUUAAGAAAGUGUUUAGUGCUGUUUAUGACUGAUGCCAAUGUCCUUAUAUGUAGGAAAGCCAGCUUACUUGGCAGCUUUCUUUGCAAUGCCACCAGACAGUUAUUCCCAGUCACACAAGACCAGGCUCUGAUCUCUAUGAAUAUGGAGAUACUAAAAUACAAAAUAUUUAUGUUUAAAAAUAUGUAUUUUAAAUUACUAGUAAAAUCUAAUAAAAUUAGAUUCAGAGAAAAGAAAUGCAUGCAUUGUGACCAGUGUUUUCAUAAAGCUCUGUUUUGCCUGUUCAACAACACUGAAAAUGGAGCUUUUAAAACUCUUUUUCUAGCUGCUGCACUUGCACAGAUCUCCACAUUGAGGAGGACUUUUCCCACUAGCAUGACGACCCACCACGAUUCUUGGCAUAACCACACCAUGUUGAAGAAACUCCAUUUAUAUAUUUUAACCAGUCAUCAAUGUCCUCCGGACAGGAUUCAUUUUUCAGGGGGAUGUCUGUGAAAAAUAUUUCACACUUCUACUUAUAGUGAUAAAACUCUUGCAUCCGGACUGCAGUUGAAAAAACAGGAGGACCAGUGAGUUUUUGGCUUUCUCGGUCACGUGACAUCACAUUAAGUAGCUCCUCCAUUUCCACUCGUUGUUGUGUUCACGUGGAUCUCCAUGGAAAAGCGCACACAAAGUGUAAUUACGGUGUGCGGCAGUGGACAAAUAUCUGUUUUAUUAAAUGUGAGGAGACAAAAUUCAGAGAUGUACGUCCGUACUGGAAUAACAUUACCGGAGGACCACAGAGUUCAGUAAAAAACAGUAGAAGACAUACAUGGUCAUUCCAGACGGGAAUAAAAUCACAGAGAAAAAAAGAGAAAAUUACCCCAGGACCCCCUGAAAAACGAUUCCUGUCUGGAUAGGGCUUUUGCGGAGGUGAUGUGCAUUAUCGAAUCAAAUGUGCACGUUUCAGGGACAGGUGCGUUCCCAUUAUAGAUACAAAAGCACUUUCAUUGGUCAAUGUGAAUGCCAAAUCUGAUCUGAGAAAAUAAAACUGAAUUCUGACUGAUUUAAGGAGGCAUGUAAUGUCUAUUAAAUUAAUAAAUGUAAUGUGAUUAAAAUUUUGCUCCAGCAUGUUCUCAGCCUAAUCUCUAAUUGCAGCACCUGCCAGUCGGCUUGUUUUAUAUUUUUAUUACACUAAGAGCAAGAAAUUUGGAUGAAAACACUGAAGUAUUCUUUCAAUCAAAGUAAAGAGCAUUUACCAGAUGAGUGUUGGGUGUUGUGAAAGGUGUUUUGCAUGUCUGAAUUCUUCUGAAUUCUUAAAACUCACAUGUGGAAAUACAUCUUUUUAAGUUGUCAAGCUGUUUUAUUAAUGCUUACCAAAUGAAAUUACUGUGUAAAAGUAACAGUGUGAUUUAUUUUAUUAUUUUUGUCUGGUUAAGGACUGCCAGUCAGUUGAAUGUACCUGUAACUAAAACCAAAAAAAAAAUCCCAAAAUGUUAUUAAAGUGGUAAAACCUCAGUGCCUUUAAGUGA